AUGCCAGCGUGGGGUCCAAGUCCGUUUGGCCCGCUGCAGCUCUCGGUGGAGGACGCGACGAGUCUGGGCGAGAUCGCGCGCGUGUUCGUACAGGAUAACAUGCGCAGCUACGAAAAGUAUCUGUACGAGGACCAGCGCCGGCUGGACGAACGUCGCUGGAAGCUCACAAAGCAGCGGGACGGUGUGCACGUGUACGUGGAGCAGCCGCUCAAGGAGCGACGCAAGGUGGGCGGAGUCACGCAGGACGAGCUGGAGCGGGAGUACCGCCACCAGUUGCAGCGCACGACGGCGGGCGAGAAGGUGACGGCGGCGGCCGCCGCGUCACUGGCAGAUCUGCCACUGCUGCUGGCUGUUGGGACCAUUGCAGGUACUUUGGACGACGCCAUGUACGGGGCGGUGAACUCGACGCUGGAGGCUAUGCGGGUCAAGUCGUCGUACGUGGGGGACAACAUGGCGGACGGAGCCGUGCUCGCCUCCAUUGUGGAGCCCACAGCCAGCGACCCGUUCCACUCGCUCACGGUCAAGUGGAUGGAGAACGAGCAGCUCCAUGUGCUCAAACCCGUGGUCAAGAACCGAGACUUUGUGUACCUGGAGGUGACAGGUUUAGCAGAACUCGAUACAGGCGAACGCGUGGGAUAUCACUUGCUGCACUCGGUGGAUUUCCCUCAAGCUCCAGAGCUGGAUGGACGUGUACGCGCGAAUUUAUCCGUGGGCGCCCUGUAUCGUCAAGAACGCGAGGGGCUCGUGGAUGUCUACGUCCGAGCUAUCCUGAACCCGAGUGGAAGCAUUAUCCGCUCGCUGGUGGUGAGGUCAGUAGCGGACGCUAUCAUUUCCGUGACCGAGAUCGCAGAAUGCGCCCAGAAGAAGAAGCUGGCGUGGCUAGCGAAGACCUCCCGAGAUGCUCGCCGCCAACGAGUCAUGCAGAAUACCGUAGCAGCAGUAGUGGAAGCCAACACGAUUAACUCGCCUGGUGGGCGAUCUACCGUGACCAGCACAACGUCCAGCACCGCCACAACGCGUCCGAGUGUUCCGCUCUCAGUGAUCCCUGAGAUUCCGGGUCCUGCUUCCGCUUCAACGGCUAGUACCAUGGAGAAAUGCACGUCGUGUCAGAAGCGUUCGACCCACAGAACUCCCUCUGGUAGUUUUGUGAAUACGUACGAUAAGCGACUGGACCGGGACCGCUGCAAGUUGUGCUACAGGUUUGUCUGCUCGUCGUGCCGAGUGAAGCACAAACUCACCUUCAUCAAACCCCAAGGCGAGCUGCUGCGACGUGAUCUUCGCUUCUGUGGUCGCUGCGUGGAUCGUGCCAGAGCGGCCGACACGCUCACGAUUGCAAGUGAGGAGCUGGCGUCCGGAGAACAGCAAUUUGCCGAGUUCUACCAGAGCUUGAGCCCCGUAUCGGGCGAGUCGAGUGGACGAGGCGGCAGCACAAAUGGCAUGUGA